CAGCCAUUGAACGCUGACGCUGACUGAGUGCGCGCUAAAUUCAAAGUCCUAGCUCUGCGUAAAACUGAAGUAAAAACAAGUAGAGAUUUCACCAGGAUUUAAACAUAGCUAGGCAGAUGUAAUUUACUUUCAAAGAUUUUUCAAGUCAAAAAGACGGUUGGAAAGUUACAAACCGUUAACUUUUUUACGCUCAGCUGUGCGUCAGCGAACCAAAUAGUUUGGGACUUUCCACAACCGAUAUUUACGCACAGCUUUCUUGAGUUUACUGAGAACUGGCUGAGAGCACAGCGAGGAUCCGUUGAUUCUGGCCUUGGAAGUGACUGUAUGUAUCCAGGUGGAUCACUGACUGCUGGAAGGUAUGCUUAAUGAGAUGGAGUGACUUUUCCAAUGGGUGGUACAGAGCGUCUGUGGUUACUUGCUGGUUUAUGUCAGGUGGUCUUGCUGACCUGUGAACAGCUAUUAAACCCUGUUGAGGUUGAAGUUGUAUUUCAGUCCUUUGCUUCCACAAAAGAUCCAGACACCUACAAAGUCACCUGCAGGACUGCAAGUAACCAUCUGGUGUAUGUGGAGCCCAUUGAUCAUUCAGCAUGCUCCCCUGACUGCAAAAUAUCACUGCAAUUGGUUGAGGACCCAAGAGGAUAUAACAUCACAUUGAGAGCCAGCAGAGAUGAUGCUAUUCUUGAGGCAAAUACUUUUCACUUUAUUCCAGUCUCCCUGUCCUCCCUUCUUGUAAACAGCACGACGACUACUGCUCUCCUAGCAUGGAAACUUCACACACAACAAAGUCUAUCCACUUUGAGUCUGUACAACACUCACACACAAUCUGUCACACACAUCUUCAACAUAAACUCAUCAGAGGCAAAGUCUCAGUACACAGUGAAAGGUCUCCAGCCUGGCACACGCUACAAGGCCAAAGUUGUCGUGACUACAUUCCUCAAACACCUUAAUAUGACCUUGAAGCAGAGAAUCAGCAUUGGUAUGGAAACAGCCCAGUGCCCCCCUGACUGGUUGGCCAAUGGGAGAAGCUGCUACACUGUGAGAAGGACCAGUUUGACCUGGAGUGAUGCCCAGAAAAGCUGCAGAGACCUGGAAGCUGGAAGUCACCUGGCUGACCUGAAGACCCUGGAAGAUCUGCUCUUCUUAUCUUCUCACCUGCUGAGCCACAACAACCUGCUGCUAUGGACUGGACUCAAUGACCAGCAGGAGGAGGGACAACCUCUCUGGUCUGAUGGCUCAGCCUAUAACCUGACGAUUACUAUGAUGUCAUCACUGCCAGCCAAUCAGACAGACUGUUUUGCCCUUCAGAGAAAUGCCACAGGACCAGGAUACUUUCUCACUCCAUUCUUCUGUAACAUCCCCUUACCCUUCAUCUGCCAGUACCAGACCCCUCCAGUCCCUGCCUUGUUCUCCUUUGACCUGGUUCAGGUGACAGAGCAACAGGUAGAGCUUCACUGGAGUGACCUCUCACCCUUGAACUCACUUGACCUUUCAUCUUUUGAGAUAUUCCUCCAGUACCAAGAGGAUGUAAAUGGAGAGUCGGGUCAAGGUGAAGAAGAUGGAAGCACAAAGUCAGAGGGGAAAAAGGGGACACAGAGCCAGAUCAGUGUUAAAAAAAUUGUCAGGGUCCCAAUUUCCCUUACCUCCAGAGGGGUAACUGUGGCAGGUUUGUUUCCAGGGAGCAUCUACUCUUUCACCCUUCGAGCCUCUCGCCCUGCUGGCUCCACCUGGAGCUUGGGACAAACACAGACUGCGUACACUAGACCUCUUCCUCCUCAAAAUAUCACUGUUGGCCCCAUUACCGUCAGUCAGAUUCAUGUCCACUGGAUGCUGACAGAUGCACAGUUAAGGGUUGGAUGGACAUUUGUUGUUCGCUACGUGGACAUGUCUUCAAGACAAGAGAGGAUAGUUGGAAUGACCAACAUCUCCAGGUUAUCUGAGACUGGUGGGUUGCAGUCAUACACGGCUGUGAUUGGAGGGCUGGAGUCUUACAGGAAAUACAGGGUUGAAGUUCACACAGUCACCCAGCAUGGUAUAGAGAGCUGUGGACAGGCGCCUGUGACUGUACAGACUGUGGUGAGGGCCCCCAGUGGUCUGGUGGUGUUUAGCGCAACGGGAAAUAUGACAGUCUGCUGGACCAGUCCACCUGAUGACCCACCAGAUGGUUAUUAUAUCACAUCCCACCCACUCAUUUACCCCACUUCAACUUUACUGUGGAUAAACCAGUCCCGUCUUGGUGCCCACUGGGUAAAUGAGUCCAUAUGUGUUAAUUUGGGAACAUUUACCCCAGGUCAGACUUAUGAAGUUGGAGUGGUCUCACUGAGAGCAAAGGACAGGAGCAAGAUGACCACCAUUAUACACACCACAGAUCCAAUGCCAGUUCCAGUAGCAGUCCCUCUCUCCGUGGGCACAAACUCUGCACAACUGUACAUCCAGCAUCCAAGGCUGGGUCUGAUUGAUGGUGUGAAAGUGUGUGUAUGUCCAGGAGUGUGUGACAGUGUGUGUGAGGGAUUGUGUGGGUACACAUGUGACUGGUACUCCCUCCCUACCGGUGUUCAUAUCAUAACCCUCAGCAACCUCAGUCCAGGAUCAGAGUACCAGCUCAGGGUGUACAGCACCAGCCGAGAGCAGUUGGGACCACCUUACUACACCCGCCCUGUUAGAACAAGUCUGGCUCCUCCUAACAGAGUGAGGGAGGGUGUGGUGACAGAUUCAUCCAUAGAGCUGCUUUGGGAUCCAGCACAAGGACAGGCUCACAGCUACAAAGUCAUCUGCCUCAACUGUGACCAUUCACACAUGGUGCAGAAGGUUUUCACUCAGAGUGCAGCCUUUUCUAGUCUGACUCCAGGCAGACUCUACCACUUUGCAGUGCGAACAGAGAAGGAGUCCUUCACAGACAGUCCCCCUGUCACCAUCAACAUCACUGCAGCUCCCAGCCCAGUGGAGGUGUCUCUUGUCAAUAAAACCACAUCAUCCAUAUGCAUGCGUUGGAGUAUGGUCAGGGGAGUGGUGAGCACACUCAUCCUGUCAAUCAAAAACAGAACAUCCAGUCAAGAGCUGAUCAUUUCUCUUCAGGAGCCCAGAUCUUACAGCUUUGAAGGCCUCGCUCCUGGAAGCCAAUAUACAAUUAAGGUGAUUAGCACCAGCGGGGAAAGAAGGAGUAAACCUGCUACUAUGCUCCUCCAUACUAUCCCAGAGGUGCCACAGGAAGUGGCUCCUUCAGAGCAGGUCGUGACGUCUGUGUUUGUCACCUGGAGACCACCACCAGGACAGGUGGAGGGGUACAAGCUAGGUUUUGGCCUGCUGUCUGUGGACAGGAAGUCAUGGAUUGAGGUGCUUGUCCGGGGCACAAGUUAUGAGAUCAGGGAUUUGAUCCCGGGGUCAGACUACGGGGUCAGUAUUCAGAGUGUGCUGGGCUCAGACACCAGUCAGGCAGUCCACAGCGAGCUGAGCACACGCCCAGCAGGAUUAUGCGCCCUUCAUUUAGGCAACAUGAACUCUUCUUCUGUCUCUGUGAGCUGGGACAGUGCGUUUGGAGAGUUUGACUUCCACAGAGUCACUGUGGCCAACACCUCAGUCACAAACACACUCACCAUACCCAAGGAGGAGCGGGUUGCCGUGGUUACAGGGCUGGUGGACGGCUGCAGCUACAAUGUGAGCGCUGAGAGAGUGAGAGGAGUGACAGUGGGGAGCGCUGCCUCUCUGACUGUAACCACAGUGCCAGCCCGUGUACGAGGAGUGCGUGUCGUGAAUGUGUCUGCACAUGCAUUCUCGCUACGUUGGGAGCAGGCAGUGGGGUGUGUGGAUCAUUACCUGGUGAACCUGUUACCAAACCAGGGAAAAGUCACAGUGCACCCUGCACCGGAUGGACACAUUCAGGCUGAUGUGGUGAAUGUCAGUCCGGGGACACAAUACACUGUAACGGUCACAGCUGCCUCCUCCUCCAACAUCAGCCCUGGAGUCAGCCGCAUGAUCAAUACUAAUAAGAGUGUUCCUGGUCCACCUUUAAACCUAGAAGGAGAGGCUGUGGGCUCUAAUGGUAUACUGCUCUCCUGGACCAUGCCACCUAAUGCCGACAACAUUGACGGAUACGUCAUCAGGUACAAGGAGGUGUGUCCCUACCCCGAUCCCACGUUCACACAGGUGACCAAGUACCUGGACAUACCAGAGACGCUGCUCACUGACUUCACCUCAGGUUCUACAUACCACAUUGAGGUAGCAGCCAUAGUUCCAGCUGGAAUAGGAGCCUUCAGCAAAUCUUUAUACAUAAAGACAGCUGAGUCCCCCCCUGGCCUGGUGACUAACUUGACAGCGUUUGCUCAUAACCACACCUUCGUCAUGGUUACCUGGUUCCUGCCGCACCGCAUCAACGGCCUCAUCACAAAGUUUGCUGUCAAGGCUAAACACGCUCGUACUGGGCAGACGGUCCGCACGCUGGAGGUCAAUGCAGAGGACAUCAUGACCGGAGCGCUGCCUCACUGCAAUGAUGCAGCCGAUAUCCUGUCCCGUGCCACUCUCAGUCCCUUGGAGAUUACAGCAUCUUCUCCACCCAUCACCCUCUCUGCCGUGCCCCCUGCAGCCACCUGGAGUGUGCCCAUAUCAGUAGGAGUUGAUCAGCUACGACCUUACACUGCCUAUCUAUUCGAAGUGUCUGCCUUCACCUCUGAUGGAGAGGGACAGAUAGCCUCCACUAUGGUCCGCAUGCCAGAAUCAGCCCCAGAAGACCGGCCGCAAAACUUCUCUAUAUUGAAUAUGACGUCUCGAUCGGUCUCUGUGUCCUGGAACUCUCCCAACAUUAUCACAGGAAAAUUCACUUACAUGCUCUACCUUCAUGGACCUACAGGAUAUUUGUAUGAGAACAGCACAGGAGACAUGCGGUUUGCUUUUACUGGUUUGACCCCCUAUACAAGGUACACGUUGGCUGUCCGAGCCAAAGCUGCUGGAGAGGUGGGUCCAGCAGCACAGCAUGAUGUAAUUACACCUGCUGAAGCACCCAGUGCAGUGCAGGGCCUGAUGGCAGUAGCUGAGGAUUCAGUUUCAAUCCGUGUGAGUUGGAGAAGCCCUGCCCAGCCCAAUGGUCCGAUCACCCAGUACAGACUGAAGGUUCUGGUUGACGACAUUCUGCUGCAGGACAUCACCCUCACUGCAGAAGUGAAUUCAGCUGGUUUGAAUGAAGAUGAGAUACUUCCCCCCGAUGUCCAUAACAAUCCAGGGCGGCGUAAGAGAAAUGAUGAGCUCAGUCUGAUCACAUCACCGCCGAUCUUCACAGCCACUAUUUCUGAUCACACACUGCUCACUGGUGUGACCGCUUCCAGCCUCACACACUCUGAAUUAAGAGGCGCUGACCAAAUCCCUAACACUGAUGCUCAACCAACUGUUGACUCCUUGGUCACUGAGACGCCCAGCACCAGUUACGCUUCUGCUUCACACUCUAACAGCACAAAUAUUCAAUCUACUGACUCUGCGGUCUUUGCGACUUCUGCAUUUUCUCUUACCUCUGUGCCACCUGCUACACCUCCACCCUGGCUGACAAAGCAAUCACAUGCUGGGGAUAUGACCUCAGACUCGUCCCCCUUGACCUUGACCCCAGGCCAGCCCCAUUUGUCCACACGUGAUGCAUCAAUUAGGGGACACUUUUCAACACGCAGUGCCACAGCUUCUGGUACUACAGGUGUAACUGUAAGAGCUGAGGUGAUGGACGUUUGGUCUGAGGAGUUGUCUUACCUGGUGUCAGAUCUGAAUCCCUUCACCGACUACACAUUCAGGGUCACUGCUUCGACAACUGUGGGAGAGGGUCCUGCAACAGAUAUCACUGAGAAGACCAGAGAGCAGGUCCCUAGCUCAGUGCUCAAAGUGUCCUAUCAAAACAUCAGCUCCACCUCCAUACUAGUGAGCUGGGUCCCCCCACUCACCCCCAAUGGACGGAUCACACAUUACACUGUCUAUGGCCUCAAACUGCACAGUAAUCAGGCCCUGAAGUGGGUUACGAACACUACCAGCAUACUGAUAACAGAUUUGGACAAGUAUACUGGUUAUAAGCUACGUGUAGCUGCAUCUACAGCUGUGGGAGAGAGCUCUCUGUCUGAGAAAGAUGACAUCUUUGUUUUCACCUUAGAGGAUGAGCCCGACUCCCCCCCUGUGAACCUCACCGUGGUUGACACCAGCCCCUCCACUGCCACUUUGGCUUGGUCUGCACCAGAGAGAGCCAAUGGGGUGAUUCAACAUUACGAGGUCCUGUGUGAGAAUGAAUCCUACUCAACGUUGAUGAACAUGUCCUCUAACAUGGUCACUCUGAUCAACCUGAAGCCAUUCUCCUACUACAAUGUGUCUGUGAGGGCAUACACACGAUAUGGCCACGGCAACCAAAUGUCAGACACUUUAUACCUGCUUUCUGGAGAGGACGUCCCAGGCAGUCCACCGUAUGGCGUUACUCAUGAGUCAAUCAGUCCCAGCGAGGUGAACGUGACCUGGCAGCCUCCUCUGCUGCCUAACGGGGUCAUUACCCACUACAGCCUGGAGCUUUGGAAUUCCAGUCACUACCUGAACCUCACCUCCCCAACCAACUACAUCCACAUCACGCAUCUGAGGAAGUAUGCACACUACCGCAUCAUGGUGCAAGCGCAUACACGUGUUGGACCCGGAAACUACAGCAGCGAGCCGCUUAACAUCACCACACUGGAGGAUGUGCCAAGUGACUCGGUCCGAAACCUCACUGCUCAGAUCUUCAGCUCCACAGCCAUCAUCGUCAGCUGGGACCCUCCCCUGGAGCCGAACGGCCGUCCCUUCUACCUUCUCACCUUACAGGAGGCCGGCGUCCCCCCAAACGUAUCCAACCAAGGGACUGCAGCUGUCAACAAGACCAUCAAGCACACCACAACUGACAAUGUCUUCCUAUUCACAAGACUCAAGAAGUAUUUCCCUUAUGUGUUGACUGUUACCCCGUCUACUGGUGCUGGCCCUGCCUACAACCAUACCAGCACAAUGUACCUGCGAACUGAUGAUGACAUUCCUAGUUCUGCUCCAUUACUAGUGUCCACCAGGAAUCUGUCAUCGUCCUCUAUCGCAGUGGUCUGGCAGCGCCCUCUGGAGGCCAACGGGGACAUAGCCGAGUAUACCCUUACUCUGGUCGGCCCAGGGGGCUCCAACACAACAUCUACCCCCAACACCUCGUUCAUCCUCACCAGCCUACUUCCGUACACUGCUUACAACCUCACUAUUACGGCUGCAACACGUAAAGGCUCAGGGCCUUAUCUGCUGCUGCAGCUGCACACUGAUGAAGGAGGCCCCAUGUCCCCUCCCCGUAACCUGACUAUAUACAACCACACAGCAGUCUCUGUGUGGCUGAGCUGGGAGCCUCCUCUGGAGCCCAAUGGAGUGGUGAUACAGUACGGCUUCAGAAUCCAAGACCUCAUCACACACACCGUCACACACAGGAAUUCAUCUAGUCCGUCAACCACAGAUUAUCUAUCAGGCUUCAGGCCUCAUAGCUCCUAUGAGAUCAGCGUUUACAGUUACACCAGAGUGGGUCACGGGAAUCAGUUCAGCAGCCCUGUAACCUUCACAACUAAUGAGUCAGUGUCUGAUAUUGUGAGGAACCUGUCCUGCUCAGGAGUGAGCUGGGAUUCAAUUCAGCUGUUUUGGGAACUUCCAGCCAAUCCUAAUGGGCAGAUCCUUUUUUAUGAGAUUCUACUGGAGGUAGACUUGCAGUCCUACACACACCAUGCUCACACACCAGAGUACAUAAUGACUGGGCUGUCACCAGACCAGGAGUACGCACUCACUGUGUCCGCAGUCAACUCUGCAGGACCUGGAGACACAGUAAACUGUACUGCCUCCACUCUCUCUGAAUCAGUCCCGGAUGCCCCUCGCUUCCUCACCAUCUCUCAGGUCUCACCUAACAAAGUGACACUUCAGUGGGCUCCACCACUCUCCAUUCCCGGCCUGCUGAAAGAGUACCACAUCAUUGCACAGCUGCUUUCAACUGCUUGUGAACCAAACAUGGUAACUGCUGCACAGCCGGCCCCAGAGGACGAACUGACCUCAGACUGUGUGGAGUCUAAUGUCACAGUGUCAGUGAAUGCUUCAGAUGGCACUGAAGAGAACCACAGCAUCACACUCCCAUCCCUGGCUAAAUACAGAUACUACCGCUUCAAAGUGGCUGCUGUGACCAACGCUGGAGUUGGAGAAUAUACACACUGGAAUUAUGAACGCACCCUGGCAGGAAACCCUGAUGCCCCUCCCCGUGACCUGAAAGUGACCCCCACCUCCAACAGCCUUCGCAUUGCAUGGGACGCUCCAGCUGUUCUCUCUGGACCGACUUCGUACCUUGUGCAGGUGAACGGUCCUAAUAUGAACAUCUCAACAGUCCGAGCUCCAGGAGAGUUGACGACUGUCGUUGUGACUAACUUGACUGCUUUCACUCGUUACUUUGUGACUAUCACUGCCUUCACUGGUCCACUGGAGCACGCUGCCAGCGAUGGGAAGGCCAUCGGGCCUACUGAAUUUCAAACGCUGGAGGAGGAACCCAAAGACCCUCCCAAGAACGUGAUUGUAUCAGUUAUCCCAGAGGAAGUGAACCGUGUGACGGUGACUUUUACCCCUCCAGAGGAGCCCAAUGGAAAUAUAACUGCCUACUUUGUGUACAUCUACGAAAAGGACCAGCUGGUCAAGAACAUCAGCCUUAAUAUCACCCAAAGAGACCAAAACAUGCUGACUGCUGUCAUAGAGGGCCUAAAGGGAGGACACAGUUACAGUAUACAGAUUUCAGCAAAGAACGGGGCUGGUAGGAGCCCACUCAGCACACAUGUCCAGAUAACUACAGGAAUCAAAGCCCCGUCCAAGCCAACCCAGAGACCCCAGGCACUGCUGGGCCAUGGAGGGGUUGCCAUAGUAACCCACAGGAGUAUCACCAUCAGCAUGCCUGCCUGUUUCUAUAGUGACGACAAUGGACCAAUCACAAAAAUUCAGGUCAUCGUGGCCGAGUCAGGGGUAAAGGACAUCCAGAAUCUGACCAACUGGAAGCAUGCAUUUUUUGAUCGUCCUGCCCCUUACCUGACGGACAAGGGGUUCCCCAACCCGCCAUGUUUUUUGGGGGAUGGGUCGUCACGCACGGAUGUACAUGUCAGAGGUCCCCUGAUGAGGAACAAUCACACUACGGCAGGAACGUACGUGAUCGGACUGAACGAUGACUGUAUGAGGGAGAACAACACUGAUCAUUUCUGCAAUGGACCUCUGAAGCCUAACACGGUCUAUGUGUUUAAGUUCAGAGCCACUAAUAUCAAUGGCCAAUACACAGACUCUGAGUACUCGGAGCAUGUCAAAACUGCAGUGGACGGGCUGUUGACCAGAGAAGAGCAGAUCAUUCUGGGUGUUCUGCUCUCCUUCUUCUUGGCUGUGUUACUCAUCAUCAUCAUCUGUGGUUCAGUCAAGAUUCAUCAGCGCAAGAAGGAGGGCGGGACUUAUUCACCCAGAGAGGCAGAGAUCAUAGAGACCAAGUGUAAACUGGAUCAGCUGAUCGCUGUUGCAGAUCUAGAGCUGAAACAAGAAAAACUCAACCGGUAUUCUUCCUUCUUCUUUAGACGGAAAGAGAUUUAUGUCAUCCAGCUGCUCAGCUACAGGAAAUCACUCAAGCCUGUCAACAAGAAGUCUUUUCUGCAGCACGUAGAGGAUCUAUGUGCCAAUGACAAUGCCAAGUUCCAGGAAGAGUUUGCUGAGCUUCCAAAACUGCUGCAGGACCUGGCCACCACAGAUGCUGACCUGCCCUGGAACAAAUCAAAAAACCGCUUCCCCAACAUCAAACCAUACAAUAACAACCGAGUGAAGCUGCUGUCAGAACCGGGCACUGCAGGCUCUGACUACAUCAAUGCCAGCUUUGUCUCAGGCUACCUUUGUCCCAAUGAGUUCAUAGCUACCCAGGGUCCUCUGCCUGGCACAGUGGCUGAUUUUUGGAGGAUGAUCUGGGAAACUGGAACCCGCACCAUCGCCAUGCUCACGCAGUGUUACGAGAAAGGCAGAAUUCGGUGUCACAAGUACUGGCCAGAGGACAAUAAACCAAUGUCAGUGUUUAGUGACAUUCUCAUCUCAAAAGUGUCAGAGGAAGUCCUUCCUGACUGGACUGUCAGAACUCUAAAAGUAGAAAAGCACGGGCACUACAUUCUGGUUCGCCACUUCAACUACACAUCGUGGCCUGAGCACGGAGUCCCAGAGUCCUGCAGCACACUCAUUAAGUUUGUCAAAGCUGUCCGAGGCCACAGGCAUGACAACACCACUAUAGCGGUCCACUGCAGUGCUGGUGUGGGCAGAACAGGUGUGUUUAUUGCUCUCGACCACCUCAUUCAGCACGUCAGAGAUCACGACUUUGUGGAUAUUUAUGGUCUGGUGGUUGAACUGCGCAGCGAGAGGAUGUGUAUGGUACAGAAUCUGGCCCAGUACAUCUUCCUGCACCAAAGUACGCUGGAACUUCUAAACAACAAAGGCAACAGCCAAUCUAUCUGGUUUGUCAGCUAUUCUGCUCUGGAGAAGAUGGACUCCUUGGACGCCAUGGAAGGUGAUGUUGAGCUGGAAUGGGAAGAGACCACUAUGUAAAGACUGCCUGAGGGAGUGUAUGUUUCGAGGUCAAUGGGACGUGACCUGUGCACAGACACCUGGACUGGACUGCCUCCACCACACAAGGUUAGAGGGAGGAGGAGGAGGAGAAACAGGAGGCGUACAGCACAGUCUGAACUGAACGGUCUGUCAGUCGACUAAGACUUUGUUGCUCCACUUCAACCCACUUCUCAGCGCAGUCCUCCCUUUUAUGAACCUCUUGUCCACUUGUUUCCAAAGAAAGUGAGAGAAACAAAAGGGAGACAGGGACAAAGAAUUUCAAAAACGACCGGGAGAAGAGAGCAAAACGGUGAGAGCUCUAUCAUAUCUGUAAGCCUACAGGCACUUUGCACAAAUUGAUUUCACUGUGUAAUGACUGUAUUAUGUUGAUAUCAUCUAUGUUUUUGUAAGAUAAUUUAUUUUUUUUUUCCAAUCUCUUUGUAAUUCUGCCUGUGUCGAAGUGUUGACAGCAUUUCUUAUUUGUUUAUCCUUUCUCAAGAGUGAUUUGCAAAAAUAAAAGAAACUUUUAAUUUUU